AUGCCGGCGAUCUCUCACAGACAGAGUAGUGUCCGGAAGAAGCUCACACCCGAAGCCUAUCGUGUUGGGUGGAUCUCGGCGCUCCCUCUCGAAUUUACGGCGGCACAGGCUAUUCUGGAUGAUAUUCACGAACCCCUCCCGACCGAUCCAAAUGACGAAAACGAGUAUAUUCUAGGGAGCAGUGGCUCCCAUAAUAUUGUGAUGGCGUGUCUGCCAUUGGGGAAUUAUGGGACAAACAGUGCCGCAAUCGUAGCGACCAAUAUGAAUCGAAGCUUUUCUCGCCUUCACAUCCGGCUCUUAGUGGGAGUUGGCGGAGGGGUACCUGGUCAGAUUGAUAUUCGCCUUGGCGAUGUCGUGGUAAGCUCCGAUAUCUUGCAGUACGACCUUGGGAAGACGGUCGAAGAUGGUCAUUUCCAGCGAACCGGAGAUUUUAUUAAGCCCCCACCGCAUCUUUUGACGGCUACUUCCAAGACCAGCGGGAAACCGGAGCAGACUUCCAACAACACAUCCUCUCUUGUUUCUCAGAUGAUCGGAAACUCUGCGGAUAUGGCUAUGUAUGCUUAUCCCCGUCACAAAGACCGCUUGUUCGACACUGAUACUCGCCCUAAAAUUCAUUACGGACGGAUUGCAUCAGCCAAUCAGGUUAUGAAGCAUGGUCGAACCAGAGACGAGCUAGCAAGACAACACAGCAUUCUAUGCUUUGAAAUGGAGGCGGCGGGAAUCAUGCAUAGCUUCCCGUCUCUAGUCAUCCGUGGAAUAUGUGACUACUCAGAUUCACAUAAAAACAAAGCUUGGCAGAAUUACGCCGCCGCAACGGCUGCAGCGUACGCGAAGGAGCUACUGUCCCUAAUCCCAACGCCUCAGGAUGAAAUAUCUGAUCCAGCUAAUACUUUUGUAGAACCAGUCUCAUUGCAGAGUGGCGUCAGCAGUUUCAUGGAUUCAUUGGAAUUCGAGGAAAUCGACUCCCGCCAAGAGACAAUCGACGAAGCCCAUGAGAGUACCUGCAAAUGGCUCCUCGACCACCAAGGCUACAAAGACUGGCUCAGUCUUGAAAAUGCCAAUGAAGACCGUGGCUUGUGGAUAAAUGGGAAGCCAGGAGCCGGCAAAUCAACGUUGAUCAAGUACGCUUUUGCAAACGCAAAGAGCGAUGCUGAUCCCGAUACUACUGUCACUUCCUUCUUCUUCAAUGCCAGAGGAGUUGACUUGGAGAAAUCAACGACUGGCAUGUACCGGUCUAUACUAUUCCAGCUUCUAAAAGGACGACCGGAACUGCAGGGGCUCCUAAUGAAACAGGGGUCUUGGGGAAAGAGAUCACAGUCUCCUUGGUCGCUUAAGGAGCUGCGGGAGCUCUUUGAGACUGCUGUUACAAACCUUGGGCACCACCGUUUGAUUUGUUUCAUUGAUGCACUUGACGAAAGCGAAGAAGAUGAUGUUCGAAAGAUGAUCAGUGACUUUUUGCACUGGGGAAAAUUGGCUGCGGACAAAGAUUCAAUAUUCUCUGUUUGUUUCUCUAGUCGCCACUAUCCCUUUGCAGAUAUUUCGUUUGGCCUGAAGCUUUCACUGGACGACCAACAGGGUCAUAUAAAGGACAUCGAGAAAUAUGUACAAUCCGAACUCGACACUGGGUCUGGAGAAAACGCUGAGGAGAUCAAGCGCGAAAUACUCCGGAAGGCAGAAGGUAUCUUCAUGUGGGUUGUUCUUGUCGUCAAGAUUCUCAACAAAGAAUACCGUCGCGGCCGAAUUUUCGCGGUCCAGAAAAGACUGCAGGAGUUACCUUCAAAACUGAGCGACUUAUUCAAAGGUAUGAUGACUCGGGACGACGAAUACAUGGACGACUUACUCCUUUGCAUUCAAUGGCUUCUCUUUGCAAAGCGGCCCCUUACUGUUCAGGAGUUUUACUUCGCACUUGCCGCUGGAUUGGCUCCAGCGCCAGAAAACUUGGGUGAAUGGGAUCGCGAACUUAUCUCGGAAGAUUCCAUGCAGCGGUAUGUGACAAGCAGCUCCAAAGGCCUUGCUCUGGUUACUAGAUCGAAGCCCGAAACGGUCCAGUUCAUCCACGAGUCAGUACGAGACUUUCUCAUCGCACACGGGGGUGUCAAAGAGGUAUGGCCCGAACAUGCGCUAAAUUUCGAGCCCUUCAGCCAUAAUCAACUGAAGGAGUGUUGCUACAACUACCUCACAGUCAACACUUUGGAAGAUACAUUUGGGAAACGGAUGCAAAUUUCGGGGCAAAAGCCAGGGCGUAGGUUUCCAUUCCUUCAAUACGCAAACCAUUACAUUCUCCACCACGCCAAUGCUGCCGCAUAUACGAUACCACAAGAUUGCUUCUUGAAAAAGUUCUCGCAAGAGAACUUUGAAAACUGGGGGAUGAUCAGAAACCUUUUUGGGAGGAAUCAAGACAACCCCCCUCCUCUACUGUACGUUCUCGCAGAGUACAAUUUAACAGUACUCGUACGGACACAUCUUCGUCUGGAUCCAAAGUUCAACUGCAAAGGAGGACGGUUCGGAUACCCAAUUUUCGUUGCUUUAGCGAACGGCCAUCCUGGUGUAGUGAAAGAACUUUUUCAUGGUAUCAACUCGCUGGGGAACGAUGAAGAGUCCAAUCAAUCAGCCCAUGAGCAGGAAUUUGAGUAUCAAGAAGGACAGACGCCCCUCAUAUGGGCGAUCGAGGAAGGCAAUGUGAGCCGGGCUAAGCUAUUAAUCGAGUCGAAAGAAUUCGACGUCAAUUCGUGGCAAGAGAAACACGGCCAAACAGCUGUAUCGACAGCUGCGCAGUACGGUAGAGACGACAUUAUGAAGUUAUUACUCGCGGAAGAGGGCGCGAAUCCUGGAUUGAAAGAUGGGUUCCAGCGCACACCACUCUCACGCGCUGCUGAAACCAACCACCUGGCCGUUGCAGAGAUUCUGCUCGCGACUGGGCGUGCUAAGGAGAACUCAAAAGACCGAAAAGGCCGCACGGCGCUCUUGUGGGCUGUGAAGAACGGACAUGUAGACACUGUACGAUUACUGCUCAAGACAGUGGGUGUAGAUGCCAACGCACGGGAUCGACGCGGUGAGACACCUCUGCUGUGGGCUGUUAGGCGAGGAUAUGUGGAAAUUGUGAAGCUUUUGGUACGGGUGAAGGGUCUCGACAUUGACGCGAGGGAUAAGAAAUAUUUCACGGCACUGUCAGUGGCUGCUCGAAAUGGACACUCAAGAAUCGUGGAGAUUCUAGAGGCAGCUGCCAGUUUGAACCCUGACCCCGAGGGAAAAGUCGGUACGACUCCCCUCUCUUGA